AUUACACACGCGCGUAGACCUUGAAACGGGAUCGAAUCGGUUUUGCAACACAUUUCCUCAACCAUGGCUUUCAUAUGAUGUCUCGUGAAGUACAGAGAGCCACAAAAGUCUUUUUAGUGGUUAAUAAAAAGUUCCGCGGUCACCAUGACUACAUGCUGACGGAUGAUCCGCCUGGCAAAAUUGACUUGUCUCUAAAGGUUAUUUUAUAAGACCUUUCUACACUUUCCUCUGUAAAUUAUGAUCACUGUCAGAUGAGGUCUCAGUAGGACUAGUCUGCUUCUCUGGCAAGAGCUUUAGUUGCCAUUUGGCUGUAUUUUCCCUGCUUUCCCUGACAAAGAGACUUUCAGUAGAAUUUCAGUUUUCUUUUUAAGGUACCACCCAAAUGGCCGAUCCUGGAUUCAUCCCUGGAAUGAUCGGUUACGCCAUUCAUUUGGCUCUGAGUCAGGUUAUUCAUCACAUCAAUGUUGCCAUCAGAUGCAGGAAAGAGUUGGAUGCUCUCAAAGCCCUGCUUCUCAAAGUUCAAUUAAUGAACAUGGAAAUGCAAAACUAUAGAAAAGCUUUGUACUCUGGCAGAGUGAACACAUCAUCUGAGCCCCCUUUACCCUUCGCGGUCAACAGUUGGUUGAACGAAUUGAAUGCUCUUCUGGAUGAAGCAUCUGAUUUGGCCCAGCACUGCAACGUACAAUCAUACUGGCAUCUCUUUCCUCGUUACAGAACGAGCAGAAAGAUUAGGCGACUCAUUGAAAAUGUGGAAAAGCAUCUAGCUUCAACGCCUUCCGUUGCUUUUCUUCAUCAACUACAGCUGCAUGCGACAAAUCAGCAAUUUCUUGAGCAAGGGGGAAAUAAUUCUCUUAAUCUGCAUACUUCAGCACUUGCUGGCACAUUUGGAGAUCUCUUUCCUUCUAAUUCUUCAGCUGCUCAAAAAACGAAGUAUAUUGCGGAGGCACUCAUUGUCGGACAAGAUUCUACAUCAACCAGAAUGAAGGAGCUGAUUCAUUCCCAGCAGCACAAAAACGUGUCUCGUUUCGGCCUUGUUGGGAAAGGCGGGGCCGGUAAGACUCUACUACUCAAACGACUCUUCAACAGUGACCAGGUACAGAGUCUCUUUUGCAAUGACUUGAUGCUUUGGCUUACUGUUUCGCAAAAUCCAUCUUUCAGUGCUCUCAGAAAGGAGCUUGUCAAACAAAUAACUCUUAAAGUAAAUGAACAAUUAGAGAGUAGAGAAGAAGACCAUGUGAAAACUUGGUUGAGUCAAAGCAUGGCAAAACACAAGUUUGCCCUGUUUUUAGAUGAUGUUUGGGAAACAUGUGCAAGCUGCUUGUUAGAAGAGCUGUGUGUGCCUCUCUUUCCACACCACAAGUCCAACAUUAUCAUUGCCACUUCCAGAAGUAAGAGUGUGCUCUCACAGUUGGGUGUUCCGCCUCCAUCAAUCAUCCAAAUGCAAGACUUGACUGACGAUGAGAGCUGGACAUUGUUUUCUUCCCAUGCUUUUCCACACAAUGAUGGAGUUAUGCCCAUGAGCAUUGACAAGGGAAUAGCGAGGCGCGUUUGCAAGGAGUGCGGGGGACUUCCAUUAGCAAUCAAAGUAGUCGGACAGGCAAUGGCGGGUGUUGCUCAGUCAAAUGAAUGGGAAUUCGCACUCCAGAGAUUGCAGAAUGAUGUUAUGCAGUCACUUUCAAGCAAAUUGAGAUUAAGCUACGAUGCUUUGGCCGACUUACCAGGCUAUGGCAUUUCCUUGCAGUUGUGCUUCCUCUGCCUCGCUGCUUUCUCAGAAGACGAAGUCAUCAUGGCUGGAAUUAUUAUCAAGUACUGGAUUGGAGAAGGGUUGGUACGCGGGUCGGAUCCUGUCCAAAUUGGAGAGCGAUACCUCAUUUUGUUAGCAGACCGAUGCCUUAUUGAGCCAAUCCAUAAGGAUCACGAUGGAAAGGUGAUCAAUUUCAGGGUGCAUGAUGUAUUCCACCACUUUUUAGCACACCAAAUUGCAGAAAAGGAAGAAAAAUGCUUCUUUCAGGCACGCAGAGAUUUAGGAGAGUUUCCCGUUGAUGAAUGUGAGGGACACAUCAGAAUUUCAUUAAUGGACAACUGUUUGACUAAGGUUCCAAAGGCAUUCGGAUUUCCCUAUAUCCGCUCCUUGCUACUGGCUGGUAAUACAUCUUUGAAGGAGAUUCCUAAAGAAGUGAUUGGGAGUAUGACCGCUCUCAGGGUAUUGGAUUUGUCACGGACUGCCCUCCAGUCGUUGCCAAAAAAUGUGGGAAAUUUGAAGCAUUUAGCUUGUCUCAGAUUAUGCUUUGUUCCAAUCAAGAAACUACCCUACUCUGUCGGUAACCUUAGAAACCUUCAAGUAUUGGAUCUUUAUCAGGCUAAUAUUACGCAACUCCCAUCCAGCAUUUCUAAGUUGACUUCCCUAAAACUUUUGGACAUUGGUUCAUGUAAACAUCUGCAGUGCAUGCCUUAUGGGAUCUCACACCUUAGGUCUCUGAUGUACCUGAAUGCAGCAGGGAAAAAGUGCAGAAGAGGUCGGCUUUCAAUUAAUGAUUUGGGUACCCUAAACCAACUCAAAUGGUUGGUGCUUGCAAAUAAGGGUGAAAUAGUUCGAGAAGGAACACUCGGAACCAUGAAGCAGAUGGAAUCUCUAUUUUUAGAUCUGGCAGAUACAGAAAAGCUCCCCCAUGACAUGAUUGCCAUGUCUAAAUUGAGGACACUCUGGCUAGCAUGUCCUCACUUAAUCCAAAUAGAGGAUUCAUUUUGUGGAUUUAAAAAUAUGGGCAGUAUUAGAUUGUUCAACUGUGGCAAGUUGAAACAACUACCCCCGUUGCAGAAGCUUGAGAAUCUGAAGCAUUUACAGAUUGUUAAGUGCCCCAACAUAGAGAAGUUCCCAGAAGAAUUCGGAAAGAGGGGAGGAUUUCCUAAGCUUGAGGUACUUUCAGUGGUGGGGUUGGAGAAAUUAGAGCAGAUGCCAAUGGUAGAGGAGGGAGCACUGCCUUCACUUAAAAUAUUGACAAUAAUGAAGUGUGAGGCAGUACAGAGGUUACCACAAUGUUAUUGGAAUUUGAAGAAUGUAGAGAAGAUAAGUGUGUAUGGUUGUUCAAAGGUUCUUCAUGUCAUGGCAGAGGAAGAAAAAUUUAUCAAGAAAAAGAGCAGGGUGCAAACAAUAACAUUAUCGAGCACAGAAACUAAGACAUUGGAAAAGCGCUAUUAUGAUAUCCUUCACCGGGGUGAACACGUUUAUUAUGGUGAAUUUUGGUGCAGCGAGAUGUUUCAGUUUUUAGAUAAUAUUAAUCGAUUUUGGUCUUUAUAUGUUUUAGGUCAAAAUGAUGGUAUAUAA